UGUGACUCAUUGUGUCUGUGUCGAGGCGUCGGGAGGGCCUAGGUUUGUGUCCGGCGCCCUUCGGCCGACCUGAACCCCAGAGUCAGCUCCCCUUUCUCGCCCAGCUCCCCCGGCCGCCCCCGGGGCUCACGCCCCCCCUUGGAGUUCUCUGGAUCCUCAAAGAGUAAAAUGCGAAAGACAGAGAUAUGGACACGUUUUGAGGUGCCGCAUACGUGUUUUCAGAUCACCUGCUUUUUCUCACCCCAACCCCACUACCUAACGGCCUUCAGUCACAGUGGAUAGCAGAUGAAGCUGCAGGCCCAUUCCUGAGUGAACAGUGGUCAUCCUUCACAUCCUUCAUUUUAGAAAGAUUACGUGCAAGGAAGCCCUUCCUUACGCCAUGUGUUAGCUGCAGAUAUUUCAGGAGUAGUACAGAAACAACUAUCAUAAAAUAUCUCCAAGGACAGCGCGGACCCUAUUUGGAUCAAGUCUGAAUGAUGACUGCUGAAUCAAGGGAAGCUACAGGUCUGUCCCCCCAGGCUGCACAGGAGAAGGAUGGUAUUGUAAUAGUGAAGGUAGAAGAGGAAGAUGAGGAAGACCACAUGUGGGGGCAAGAUUCCAGCUUGCAGGAGACGCCUCCUCCUGACCCAGAGAUAUUCCGCCAGCGUUUCAGGCACUUCUGUUAUCAGAACACUUUUGGCCCUCGAGAGGCCCUGAGUCGACUUAAGGAGCUUUGUCAUCAGUGGCUACGACCAGAGGUAAACACCAAGGAGCAGAUCCUAGAGCUCCUGGUGCUGGAGCAGUUCCUUUCCAUUCUGCCCAAGGAGCUCCAAGUUUGGCUGCAGGAAUACCGUCCAGAUAGUGGGGAGGAGGCCGUGACCCUUUUGGAGGAUUUGGAGCUUGAUUUAUCAGGACAGCAGGUCCCUGGUCAAGUUCAUGGACCUGAGAUGCUCGCAAGGGGGAUGGUGCCUCUGGAUCCAGUACAGGAGUCUUCCAGCUUUGAGCUUCAUCCUGAGGCCACCCAAUCACAUUUCAAGCAUUCUUCUCGGAAACCCCGCCUCUUACAAUCACAGGCUCUCCCUGCUUCCCACGUUCCUGCCCCUCAUCAUGAGGGGAGUCCCAGAGACCAGGCGAUGGCAUCUGCACUGUUCACAGCAGAUUCCCAGGCAAUGGUGAAGAUCGAGGACAUGGCCGUGUCCCUCAUCCUGGAGGAAUGGGGAUGUCAGAACCUGGCUCGGAGGAAUCUCAAUAGGGACAACAGGCAGGAGACUUAUGGGAACGUGUUUUCCCAGGGUUGUGGAAACAGGAAUGAGAAUGAGGAGUCAACUUCAAAGACUAAAAUUGCAGAAGAUUCAGCAUCACAUGGGGAAACAACAGGAAGAUUACAGAAAGCAUUUGGAGAAAAACGUGAGCAGCAGGGCAGAAUAACAGAAAAGCAGCAGAGAAACUCUGAGGAGAAGAAUGGAAGAGAGAAGAGAGAUUCGGGGCCAGCUACAGCCAAGGGGAAAAAACCCACCACAGGAGAGAGAGGCCCAAGGGAGAAGGGUAAAGGAUUGGGAAGAAGCUUCAGUUUGAGUUCAAACUUUAAUACCCCUGAAGAAGUUCCAACAGGAACAAAGUCUCAUAGGUGUGAUGAAUGUGGCAAAUGCUUCACAAGGAGUUCAAGCCUUAUUCGCCAUAAAAUAAUCCAUACUGGAGAAAAGCCCUAUGAAUGUAAUGAGUGUGGGAAAGCCUUCAGUCUUAACUCAAACCUUGUCCUACAUCAGAGAAUCCACACAGGAGAGAAACCUCAUGAAUGUAAUGAGUGUGGCAAAGCCUUCAGUCAUAGUUCAAAUCUCAUUCUACAUCAGAGGAUCCACUCUGGAGAAAAACCUUAUGAAUGCAAUGAGUGUGGGAAGGCCUUCAGCCAGAGCUCAGACCUUACUAAACAUCAGAGGAUCCACACAGGGGAAAAACCCUAUGAAUGUAGUGAAUGUGGGAAAGCUUUUAACCGAAACUCAUACCUUAUUUUGCACCGGAGAAUUCAUACCAGAGAAAAACCUUAUAAGUGCACUAAGUGUGGCAAGGCCUUCACCCGGAGCUCAACCCUUACUCUACAUCACAGAAUUCAUACUCGAGAGAGAGCCUCUGAUUACAGCCCAGCCUCCCUUGAUGCAUUUGGAGCAUUCCUGAAAAGUUGUGUGUAAAGGGAGAAUUUGUCCACAAGCCAUUUUCCCCUUUUGUUUCUACAAUUAUUUCAGAGAUGUAUGCCCAUAGAGGAAAAAAGAAAAAACCAGCUUCAAAAAUUAAAAAAAAACAUCAAAGUCACACUUAAAGGAUCCUUAUAGUUACAUCAGCAGUAUUCUGCCUUUGUGUAGACUGGGGGCAUGUAAUUCUUCCACACGCCCCUGCAGGGAAAACGUAGUCAUGCGGAUAACCCACAUGAUAUUCCCACACAAGAUAAAAGCACGCACACAGUAAAAUCUCAAGCUUUCAGUAGCAAGGAUACCUUUAAGGCGCCACAACCACAGCAUAUGAUGUGAAAGUCAUUAAGAUGGGCUCCAUGAAAGUGAUAGUGGGAUUAAGAAGCUACUUGCUGCAGACAGGCCCUACUUGGCCAACAUCUUUCUCAAAGAGGGACAGUUUAAAAAUUACAUUGGGACAUGCUGCUCAAACUAGUUCUAUAUACAAUAAAUUAUAUGUGUGAUCGCUGGUAGCCUACCAAAGCUAUAGAAAUCUAGGACGCUGAUCAGUAUCAAACCAAAGGUUUCUAUCUCAUCCUGCAAGAGGGGGUAUGCGCACCAGUCUACAGUUCCAAAAGACUGCAACCAAUGUAGAUGGUUCUAUCCUCAUCACUGAGGUAAAUUCUACUGAAAUGGCAACAGCAAUUCGAAACAAAAACAAUUUCCCUUCUUGAAAUCCCUAAAGCACUAUAGCACUCCGCAAUGCAUUUCUUCGCAAUUUAGCACUUGAUCGUACACUGUCUUUUAAUCCUUAAUUGUUUCAUGUAUGUAAGUUUUUAUCAACCCCCAAAAGAGAUGCUUCAGUUGUCAAGGGAUAUGUUUAUAUCCUUCACAGCAUUGAACAUGGUGCUGCACACAUAAGAGGCACUCAUUAUGAUUGACUUCCAACAGCUUUCACGUUUCUGGUAUAGUCCCCUGAAACAUGGUAACCUGGCCCAACUUUUGACGAGUACCUUCAGUGCCAUGAGACAUGCUAACACUCCAGGGUCUAAUGCUAAUUUUGUCCUAAAUAUAAAGGGAAGAUGCUGGUUAGCUGCCUGCAUAGACUCUUUCUAAACAUGGAUCAGUGAGUAAAUACCACAAAGUGGCAGAAGUGACUCCAUUGUCACCAUCUUAAAAAAUAUGAACAUUGACUAAGGCCAUUUUUCCGACAUCUUUUUAUAGCAAAGAUUUUAGCCAGAAUUCGCUUCAGUCAGCUGUGAACAACGUGAUGAUUUGGGCACUUUCUGAAAAUUUGUAACUGUAGACAAUACAGUUCAGAAGAUACUUUUUUUUUUCCUUUUCAGAAAAUGGAAAGUUGUAAGGAGCCUUUUUUCCACACUUUUCUAGAAACUUUGCAGAAGCAUUUGACAUCCUUACUGGGCAAUUAGUGAAUAUGUUUUGUUGCUCUGUGAAGUUCACCAGCGUAACAAGAUGUGGUUGGUUGUAUCAUAGUCAUAAUGCACAGUGUCUUUUCUGUUUCUCAUCACUAAAGACUGAGGUGAAGUUAAAAAAAAAACUAAUCUUCUCCAUCAUCUGAGCAGGAGGAUGCGGUUGGCUGUCUAGAAGCUAAUACCGGAAACUUUUCACAUAUGCACAGGAAGCUCAAGUAUCAUGGGCGAUAUAGGUAGUCAUCAGGUCUCGAGUAGAGAUGACUGCUCAUGAAGACAAGCAGAUGUUAAUGGGAAACCCUGAAGAAACUUAGAAACGUAGACUGAUAACAAACCUGAAGACUGUCAUGACCCCAUAACUGGAGAACCCCACAUAUCGUCUGUGAUUUUCCCUUAAGAAACAACUAAAACUAUCACUUAUCAGUUGUUCAAUGACCAACAACUAAAACAUCCACGAGGCAACAUGGCUUCAUGGGAAGCCAACGAGGUGGGGUUGUAUGUGGUCUCAAGGUUCAGACCAGACUGAAGUUCUGCACAGCAGUAAUUCUUUGGCUUCAUAACUUAAACCAAACACAACUUCCCUAUAGCUUCCAGGCAGUUUCACCGUUGUUGUCUGGAAAGCCUCAAGUAGUAAGUCAACUGGUUACCAGACUAUUUCUGUCCAUCCAAUUUAAGAAAAACAGAAGAGAUACUCCAAAAGAGUACACCUAAGUAACUUUUUAUAGUAAAGUGGAGGUAGAAGAAAUACUUCAGGGAUUUUCUUCAAAGAGUAAGCCACAGUGAUGGUUGCAUAGAAAAUGGCUGCUGUUUUUGAGUAAGGACCUUUGCCUGCUAGGAGGCAACUGAAAGAGCAGGGACAUGCAUGUUAACUCCAGGCACCGGUCAAAGCACUGACUCCCCUUUGUUCUUAGUAAGAAAACAACUUCGGUCGGUCCCACAUUGGCCUUUUUGUUUCCUUUCUUUUUUUAGCCACAGCUAUAUGCUGACAUAAUUCAUCUGUAUUUGUCUUUUAAAUGAAAGUUAGUUAAAUACAACCAGUGUCCCCCACAUUGAAUUCCCAUCUUAUUGGGGCAUCAUACUGACUGUGGGCUAGCCACUGGGGCUGCUUUGGAUCUUCAGCUGCUGCACUGCAUGAAGAAGCUGUCUGAAGUUGUAUUUCUGAGAAAAUCUCAGGCUGCGCCUGUUUAUUAAAACUGUUUGCGUUGCAUUUAUUAUCAAAUGCUCAGUGCAAAGUGUAAUUGGGUCAUGGUCAAAAAAGGCCUGCAACGCCUAAUCAGUGCUCGGGAUAAUCAUUCAAAAAUUUUGAAGUCCGUUAACAGUUUUAAGGACUCUAUAGUUAUUCAUUGACAUGCUAGUUGACCUAAUGGAAGUUUUCAAAGUGUUUAAAAAAUAUACCCCACCCUUGCCAGGAAGAGAAGUAUAAAAUUCUUCAAGUUGUGGGGUACUUAUUUGUUUCUACUCCAGCCUGGAGACAAGGCGAAAACCUGAGAAUACAGAUGUGUGAGGCAUCCCAAUAUGUAAGGCACUUAAUAUUUUAUUAAAGGCAUAACAAUGAAACUGAUAAAUAUGUGCGGAGAUAUGAACGUGUUUGAUACGUGGAACAGCUCACAUAUACGUCAGAGAAUUCAUUCCAGAAAAGAACUUCUUAAAUGUGAUGAAUGUGGCAAAGCCUUUAAUCACACUUCAGUCCGUAGCAUCGAAAAGCUUACAUUGUAAAUAAACUUUAUUAAUGUUCUACGUGAGAAAAAAUUUCAUGUACAACACUCAUUGAAUUGACGGAAAAUGAGUUCCAUCCAUAUAUUUUAAUCAUGUAAUGAAUUUCAGAAACACUGCAGAGGGAGCUCUCGAUCUUGAUAACUCCAGAGGAUCUACGGAAGGAAAAAAGGUGGGGAAAUGCUAAAAAAAUAGCUAAAUGUACAACUUCUUGCAGAAAUUGUUCCUGUAGGUACUUUGUAUACGUUUCAGAUGGCCAUAACGUCAGUGUCUGUGUUUUGUACCUCCAAUUUCUGUUGUUGUUCUGUAAAUUCCCUGUAAACAGGUUAUAUAUUUUAUUUUAAGCUAUUUGACAGAACACAUCACUGCAAAAGAAUGAGUAGUGAAGAAACUGGUGUGGUUAUAGAUGAAAAGUCAGUUCCGUAGAACCGAGGAGGGGGAAAAUGAUAAGAAGCUUCAUAAUUUGAUGCUUAUCAAAUCCAGGGUAGAGAUUAGCAAAUUCAUUAGGAGAGACAAGGCACUAAAAUGGAACAGUUCCUAUAAACGUGUGCGGCUUCCUGAGAGUUUUCUCAUCAAAGCCAGGAAGAGGGGUGAGAGGGGCUUCUCCACUAAUUGAGAGUUGGGAGUGUACUGGAAAGUCCAGUGGGACCACUUAACUUGACCGAUUCCAUAAACCAUAGUCCUGCUGCCCCUACUGACUCAAAUCUUUAUGCUUAGAAAAUUUGGGAUAGGAAAACACCCAAGUGGGCUUUUUCCUGGAAGAUAAGCACAGAUGCAUCCAGUUGCUGGCAUUGCAGGAAGUUUCCCUGAUAAGGCAUAAGAAGCAAUGUGGCAGUAUUUCCUUUGGCUGUGCUCCUAUAUACCUUCCCCAGGUUUAUGAGUAUUAGGAGAGAGAGCUUAUGAAGCUUCACAGCUAUGAGAUUUUUUUUUUUUUAAUUUUUAUCCUAAAGUCAUCUUUAUUUCAGUGUCUAGUCAUUUUAAUCUACUCAUCCAAAAUUAAUCAGGCUCAGCCUACGAUACAUAGUCAUAGAAAACGUGUGUGAAUUGGAUUAACAGUAUUAAUAUGUAGUCAAACAGUAACAGCAGUACUUAGAGGAGCCAUAUUUUUGUGUGUUCAACAGUGAGCAACUUCUGAGAAAUAUUUAUGGAAGGGCUGGGGCUCCUCAUCUAGAAAACUAAAUGAAGCUCUGCAAACUGCUAAGUGAAAUACAGAAUCAGACAAAGGGAAAUUCAGAUAGAUCUUUUCCUAGAAGCAGAUUUCUUUUAUUUCAGUUAACUCUUGAAACAUUUAAGUAAAAGCAUUGUUUGAAAGUUUUCCUAACAUAGGUUUCACUUUUAGAAUGGACACUACAUGUAAAAGCAGUAACUUAAUUUUGCUAUUCAGAUUUUUUUUUUUAAUUAUAUCCGAAAAUGAAAUUGUCUCUUUUUAAAGCUUUGAAGAACAAACUUGAAGUUACAGGGAGGUAAGCCAUCUCCAGUUCUGCAGGUCAAACAAAAAUUUGGGAAAUACUUUUGACAUCCCAUAAUACAGCAUGUCUUAAUGUGACAACUUGGUUUCAUACUGUCUGGUUCUAUUUAAUAUUGGACACCACAAAUCUCAUGCUUUUCUCUGUUAUAAAACAGUGGAAGGUAAAGAGCGGACAUUAGUAGACUUCAAAACUGUGGUCGGUUGUUACUUUAACAGCUUUUUUUAAUCUUUGAGAUUCUUACCGCCAUUUACCAGAUAAUCCUGACUCAUCAUACAGUAAUCAGCAAAGUUAUCUUUAAAGUUAAAUUUUCACCCUCACCAAGCACUCAUUAAGCUGUGAGGCUGGGCGUUUUAAAAUCUAAAGAGUGGUAUUGAAACUUGGAUUUCAUUCCAGUUUCAGAUGGGAGUUUUAUGUUCCUUUGGUCCAGGGAAGGGACCAGGCAGCUGCAGGAGCCCCAAAUCACUUAGUCUCCCAACAAGGUUAGGUGCUUUAGGGGAAAGAGGAAGGAGGGUUGUUAGCAGCCUUAUCCGGCUGAAAGAGAAUAAUAGGGAGACAGGAGAGGAGAGAAAUUGUUGGGGGUUAGUACUAGCUUGCCUCCCCCUUCACCUCAGCCAGUUUACAGCAUUCAUUUGCUCUUUAAAUUUUUAAUCUGCCCUAGCAAAGACAAAGCAUGUUUAGACUUAGAAAUGCUUCUGCUAGUAGCAGGGGUUCUUAUUUGAAAAAUAUAUGAGGAGGGUGGGGUGGGAGGAAGAGGAUUGUGAUUAUUCAGGAAAAUCUUGUUCUAAAAAUAUAUGAGUUUAGAAGUAAGGGAUGGGAGAUGUAAGCAAAAUCAGUAAUUAUUUUAAAGUGACCAUAUGUAUUUUUAUUAACUUUUAGUUAAAUAUAGAUUAUUACCAUCAGGUCAACAUGAUAAGCCUAAAUCUAUAUAGAGAAAGCUAACUCAGGCAUUGUCUUGUUUAUUGUAGACUGGGUAAGACAGCCUUUUCUGUUUUUUUCAGUUCCCUAUUUCUUAGUUUAGAAAAAAUUAGACCAAAAGAAGAAACUUAUCUUUGUAUACCUGCAGAAUUAUUGCUGUUAAAAACUGGGUUUUUUUCAUUUCAGUAGUCUGAAGAGUCCAGAUGCUUGGUAGAUGUUCAAUAAAUGAUUUUUAAAUUAAAUUUGUUCAUUUAAAAUCCUUGUAACCUAUCUAGAAACGUUUCUUUUGAUAAACAAUGGAAUCUUACAGAAAAAGUUUUUUUGCUUGUAUGUUUUAAAGCUAGGGAACUCUCACGUUAAAAAGAAUUUAAAACCUUGAUUGGGGCCUGAAGUUUCAAUGAUAAGAGAAGGGGCAGCAGAAUAAAAUUUAUAGUCAGCGGUUCAUUUUAGGAGACCGAAGGUGUCUGAGAAAGAAAUAUUAGACUAGUGAGGUUGGGGAAGGAAAUUGUGGGGACUUGUAAUAAAUAUUCUCUUUAUGUUGUUUCUCUUCUGGGUCAUGGUAAAACAAUAAAUUAUCAUCUCUAGGUGGCAAUAAAUAUGUUCUUUGUCGUCCUUGGUUGCAUAAAUGCACAUAUUUUGGGUAAAGAGAAAAAUAUAAUUUCAAAGUCAAAAUUAAAAAACCAGAACUGCUCACAAACAAAAUUCUUGCACAAAUGAGCAUUUUUGUGUGUGUGUUUAAGUAAUUUCACAAAAGCUCCCUGUGAAACACCGCCUUACAGCUCUAGGUAGCUCCUGAGAGAGCACAGGAUGGAAAAACCUUGGUUCCCAUGGAAUAAAGUGGUUUUUUAAUUAUCCUAAAGGAUGUAACUUUUUUUUGGACUCUCAUAAGAUAGAAACAUUAAAAUAGCCGUUGACCAAUUUAUGGAAUUUAGAAAACCACUGAAAUGGUAGGUGCCCGUGGGUAGGUGCAGCUUGUAAUCUGAUAAGACCUUCAGAUGAUGACCUUUAACCCAAUAACCUUAUUUUGUUAUUGCAGGAUGUACUGAAACCAACUCAGUUUGGGGUUUUUGUUUUUUCUUUUUAAACAAUUUACUUAUUCACCCUAUUUAAAAACUAGAACAUAGGUACUAAGUGCUUUGAUUUCUUCUUCAGUAUCUUUAAGAUUGGACUACUAUUCCCUGUCCUAGUUUUCCAGGGCUAGGGUGGGUCACUAUGAGUUGGAACUGACUCGAGGGCACUGGGUUUGGUUUUUGCUUUUUUUUUAGGGUGGAAAAAGGACUCCUCGGUGGGGCAAACAGGCGCUCAACUACUAACCAAAAGGUUGGUGGCUUGAACCCACUCAGAGGUGACUCAGAAGAUAACAGCCUGGCACUCUGCUUCUAAGAGGUGACAGCCUUGAAAACUCUAUGGAGCAGAGUUCUCUGCAACACAUGGGUCGCCAUGAGUUGGAAUUGACUCAAGGACAGCACGUUUUAAGGUAGAAUAAACAGAAGUUUAAAAAAAUGAAAAAAAAGCUGGUGUUGUUAGCUGCCAUCAAGGCGGCCCCAAAUCAUGGCAGCCCCAGGUACAAUGGAACAAAAUGCUGCCAGAUAGGUUGUGGAUCAGACCGUUAUGAUCCAUAGGGUUUUCACUGGCUGAUUUUUUUGGAAGUAGAUUGCCAGACCUUUCUUCCUAGUCUGUCUCAGUCGGGAAGCGCCACUAAAACCUGUUCAGCAUCAUAGCAACACACAGGCUUCCACUGACAGACAGGUGGUGGCUUUGAGUGAGGUGCAUUGGCCAGUAAUUGAACCCAGGUCUUACACAUGGAAAGCAAGAAUUCUACUGAACCAGUUACCAGGUAUCCUUAUAACCAAAUCCUCGUUCAGGUGAACUUCAUCCUAUUCUGUCCAGCUUUCUCAGCCUAUCCCGCCUAAGAGCAGAACCUGAGAUAAAGGCAUUCAUGUAGAUGGUUUAUUUUAGAAAAUGAUCCUAGAGAACAGGAGUGAGGGGCAGGGUAAACAGAAGCAGGGAAAGAAGCCUAGUAUCAGGGUACGUUAUUGAACUUGGUCAUGGAUUUAGAUAACUGGGGCAUAAUCUCCCAUGACCUUGUGGGAUCAAUGUAGGUGAUAAAUUACAAUGGAAGAAUAAUUAAGCUUAUAAAAAGGACAAGGAAUGGGGUCUUAAAACCUCAUCAGGAGCCAUCUAAGAUAUAAUUAUUGGCCUCAUCCAGAAUAAAAGAGAAGGAAACCAAAAAUUCAAAGAAGAAACUACAGGACAAAUAGUCGACAUGAACCACAGCCUUAUCUACCCUGAAAACAAAAGAACUAGAUGGUGCCUGGCUACCACUACCAACUCUUCUAAUCGGGGCCACGAUAGGUAGAACCCUGUGGAGUAGAAACUCAAGUUCCUUAAAAAAAAAAAAAAAAAGCCAGGCCUACUGGACGACUCCCUGAGAUACUCUUUAAACCUUGAACUGAAACUAACCCCUGAGGUCAUCUUGCAUCUAAAUAAAUUGACUCAAAAAAUAUCACUAAGCACUGGGCUCCUUGAAAAAAAAAAAAAAAAUCACCUAUAUGAGACAAUUACUUAAAGAUGAGAAUAUAAGGGGGCAGGGAAACUAGAUUAAUGGAAAUGGAACCAGAGCAGAAAUAAUGAGAGUGUUCACACAUUGCAAAGAAUGUCAUCAAUGUCACUGAACAACUUGUGUAGAAAUUGUUAAAUGGGAACCUAAACUGCUAUGUAAACCUUCACUGAAAACAAUAAAAUAUCAACAACAACAAAAAAAGAACAAUGAAGGAGUACAAAGAACUUGGUUGCUGGGAUGAGACCUGGUUUUAAAAUUCAGCUCUGCCACUUAUUAGAAGAU